AUGUCUACACCACAAGUCAGCAAUUAUUAUUUGGGAGACGGAGGAGCCUUUCUGUAUCCAUUGGUUAGAGAUUAUCUUGGAUGGAGAAAUUCCAUGGUUGAUACACUCCAACAAUGUCUCAAAGAACAACCAGAAAAUUUAAUGGCUCUCAUUAUUGAUUUAGGAAGUAGCUUGCAUCGUACCGAUUUGGCAUUGAAUCACGAAACCUAUACCAAGAAAAUGCAAAAUAUUAUGACCAUUUUCGAAAAGCAAACCACAGGACAAGACAACUCUCGAAUGCUUCAAUUACACAUUCAAGCAUUGCAAGCUUGGAUGAACGGGCAAUACAGAUACGCGACUGAAAUUUGGGAAGACUUGUUGAAAAUGGACACGUUCGAUGCCAUUGCUUUAAAGUUUGCCUAUGAUGGUUACUUUUACUUGGGAGACAGUGAAAAUAUUUGCAAAUCUGUUGAGAGACACGUUGAAAAUUACAACGACGAACGAUGUGUACCCAUGGAAAUUUAUGGCUACAUUUUGGGAAUGUAUGCAUUUGGAUUGGAAGAGACUUAUCAAUACAAAGAAGCAGAACAAGCUGCCAUUAAGGCCAUUGCCAUUAAUAAGGACGAUGCUUGGGCCAUGCACGCAUGGGUCCACGUUCGAGAAAUGGAAGGUGAUGUUUCACAUGGAAUUGAGUUUAUGAAAACUGAAGAAAGUGUUUGGUCGACCUGCGCAGCUUUGUCCUGUCACAUGUAUUGGCAUUGGUGUUUGUUUUUAUGGGAUCAAGGAAAAUUUGAUGAAGUGUUAAAGAUUUAUGAUGAAAAGAUUUCUGUGCAUAUGGAAUCGUUGGCUCCUCUCGAUCUCGUUGAUGCCAGUUCCUUAUUGUAUCGCUUGUAUUUGGAUGGAAUUAUAGACAAGAAGGAUUCGAGAUGGAAAAAAGUUCGUCAAUGUUGGUCAACCAUGCUUUGUAGUCAUACCUUUGCAUUCAAUGAUGCUCACAUACUCAUGGUUUAUAAUGAUCGAAGUGAUGAGAAUGUGAGCAAGAUGCUUGAUGAACAAUGGCAAUCACUCGAAAAUUAUCUUCUCUCAUCAUCCAAUCAGGUAGAAAAUGGUUCUAAUGAAACCAAGGUGAUUGAAAAUGAUUCCAAAAAAGUCUAUCAACAAGUUGGAAUUGCGACUUGUAAAGCCAUUGAUCUCUAUAAUUAUGAUCAUUUCACAGAAUCAGCAAAAUUGUUGCAAUUACUUGUCCCAACAGGAAAAUUGAAGAUGAUUGGAGGUAGUCAUGCACAACGAGAUGUCUUUGAAUUAAUUUUCAUUCAUGCUGUAUUUGAAUGUUGCAGUAUGGUACCACCACAAGGCUCAGAUCAGUGGGACGUUGUUAAAAAAUUGUUAGAAAUGAGAAAAUCAAGAAAACCAAACAGUGGAAAGGUGAAACGCUUGUAUGACAAAUUCUAUCAAUUGUCAAACUUGAAUUUUCACACCAAUUCUUUGUAA